AUGGAUACCAAAGCAGCAUCGGCGGGCCCGGCCCCGACGCAUUUACCCUCGUCCACAUAUCCAGCGACGUCGCCGUACUCGAAAGGGGGCGCCCGGUCGUCGCAUCAGUAUUUUAGUCUAAGAUGGAACAACUACCAAUCGAACAUGACGUCCGUGUUCCACGAGCUGCUCGAAUCGCAGUCCUUUGUCGACGUUACGCUUGCCUGCGAAUACAAUUCGCUGAAGGCGCACAAGGUGGUUCUGUCGGCGUGUUCGGCAUAUUUUCAGAAAAUUCUGCUCGACAACCCGUGCAAGCACCCGACCAUCAUCCUACCGGCCGACAUUUGCUUCUCGGAUCUGCAGUUUAUCAUCGAGUUCGUGUAUCGUGGGGAAAUCGACGUGUCGGAGGCCGAACUGCAGAGCUUACUGCGAACGGCAGAGCAGCUGAAAAUCAAAGGCCUGUGUGAAGUUGGUGAACCGCAGUACGAGCAGGACUACUCGCCGGCGGUCAAACGAUACAAACCGUAUCGAUCGCGAUCACCACCGGACAACCGGCAUCAGCACCACCACCACCAACAGCCACCUCCACCUCCACCACCUUCAUCGGGAGCGUCAGGUGGUUCCACCGGCGGUAGUGGCCGUUCCGGUGGUUCCGGGGCGACAGGAGCAGCCAGUGGCGGUGGCAGUAGUGGCGGCGGUGGUAGCGGGGCCAGCAACCCCAACAACAGCAGUUCGUCUUCCUCCCAAUCGACGGGGUACAGCGAGAACGGCAAGGGUUGCAGUACGGGCAAGGGUGGAAGCGGCGGAGGAGGACUCAGUAGCACAGGUGUAGGUGUAGGACGCAGUCAUUACCAUCCCGCUGCUCAGCAUCACUACCAUCACCCGCUGCAUCAUCACCAUCAUUCGCUGUUGCAUCAUCAUCAGUUGCAGCACGGCGGUGGUGAUCCACGUUCGGCGUCUGGUCACAUUAUCAGCGAGGACGAUGAUGGAUCGCCGGCUUCGCUUGUAGUGGUCGAAACGCACGAUCUAACCACUACCUCCACGAGGUCCCCAGCGAAGGACAAGCACUACCACCUGCACCAACAUCAACAGCAGCAACAGCAACAACAGGCGCAUCAGCCCCAUCAUCAUCAUCAUCAUCACCAUUCCCAGCAGCAUCCGCUCGGCAGCAAAAUGGCAAGCCUCGGGAUGGGCGUUGGAAUAAAUGGUUCCGUUAUGGGCGUACCGAUGGGUUACUUGGAUUUUGCACCAGAGCCUCCGGCACCGACGGCGACGCCAGUGACAGAACAUGUGGACAUUAAUUGUGCGCCUAGCAGCCACGAUACCCGUGAUCUGUCCAGUAAGUAUUCUGUGCCAAACGAUGGUGAUUUACGAGUGAAAUUCGAAACGUUACGUUCGUUAGAUCCUCCAAAUGCGGUUCAACUGGACAAUCACGGUGUGAGUCACCAGCAACAACAGCUGAUACAUCAGCAGCAGCAGGCGCAACAACAGGCCCAACAGCAGCAGCUACUGCACCAGCAGCAACAGCAUUUACUCCAGCAGCAGCAGCAGCAGCAGCAGCAGCAACAGCAGCAGCAACAAGCGAGACAGACGCCUCAGCCUGUAGGGACUCAGCAGCAGCAAAACGAUCAUCAGCGACAUUCGCCACCACACAUGCAGCAGCAGCAAGCCCAACAGCACGUGAUGUUGAUGGAUCAACAGCAACAGCAUCAUCCGACCACGCACAGUCCCGCGUCGAGUGUGUCGUCGUCCUCGUCCAGCCAGCAUCCGGAGAAUUUGGUCACCGGAAGUGGUGGCACUGGUUCUGUCACGCCAGGACCGCCUACCAACGGUAGCAACGGUGGUGGACCGCCUACGGCCGGUGGUGACGAGCUAAAACCUAGACUGAACCUGAAGCAGGAAAACAUGAGUGAUGCUGGCGAUCAGCAGCACCAGACGAUGGAGGUCGAGCAGGACCAGUCGUCGAUGCACGGCAUGGUGGUGACUCCGGAAAUAUCGGGCAUCAUGAACCAGAGUCAGAUGAGCGACAUGUAUCAAUCGGACGCCAGCGAAGACUCGAAGGCGGGCAUCCUGGAUGGGUCCUCGAUGCAGUACACGAAUCUGACAAGUCCGAACGAAGCGAAGACCCCCACUGGUCCGAAAACGUGGACAGCCGAGGAUAUGGAAUCGGCACUGGAGGCGCUGCGUUCUCACAACAUGAGUUUGACGAAGGCGUCUGCAACAUACGGUAUUCCAUCGACGACACUCUGGCAGCGAGCGCACCGGCUCGGUAUCGACACUCCGAAAAAAGAGGGUCCGUCGAAGACGUGGAACGAAGACUCACUCAACAGUGCCCUCGAGGCGCUGCGGACGGGUACGAUCUCCGCGAAUAAGGCCUCGAAAGCGUUCGGCAUUCCGUCGUCCACGCUGUACAAGAUUGCGCGCCGUGAAGGCAUACGUCUUGCGGCACCGUUUAACGCGGCCCCCACCACCUGGUCCGCAGAGGAUCUGGACCGUGCCUUGGAAGCAAUCCGUGCCGGUCAGACGUCGGUGCAGAAAGCCAGCACAGAGUUUGGCAUUCCCACCGGCACGCUUUACGGACGUUGCAAGCGGGAAGGCAUCGAGCUCUCGCGCUCGAACCCAACGCCUUGGUCCGAGGACGCCAUGAUGGAAGCCUUAGAGUCCGUGAAACAAGGACACAUGUCGAUCAAUCAAGCCGCCAUCCACUACAACUUGCCGUACAGUUCCUUGUACGGUCGGUUCAAGCGGGGCAAAUACGACACGCCCAGCUCGGGAGGAGGCGGUGGCAGUUCGUCGAAUGCUGCUGCUGCUGCUGCUGCUACCGGCGGUGGAGCCGGCAGUGGUGGUGGUGGUGGCGGCGGCGGCAGCGGUGCCGGUGGCGCUGGUACCGGUGCUGGUAAUGUCGGCAGUAGUCCCCAGAUGGAGUUUAAGAUAGAACCGCAGCAUAACGAUCAUAGUCCAGAGAAUACGCAACAUUACAAUCCUGCGCUAUCGGCUUCGUCGACGCCUACAAGCAAUACUCCAACACAACAGCAGCAGCAGCAGCAGCAACAACAACAACAGCAACAACAACAGCAACAACAGCAGCAGCAACAACAACAACAGCAGCAACAGCAGCAGCUUACCCACCAUUUAGUCCAACAGCCUCCGUCGGUACUACCAGUCAGCAUUCACAUCGUCGAUGCCGCACACCAUCAUCUUUCGCAUCCACAUCAACAGCUGCACCAUCAGCAGCAGCAACAACUUCCGCAACCACAGCAUGUGGUGGUUGCUCAGCAUCAGCAGCAGCAGCAACAUCAUCAUCUGCAUCACCAGCCGCAGCUAAUACAGCAUCACAUCAUUCCGCAGCAGCAUCACAUCAUCUAUCAGCAACCGCUGCAGCCGAUCCAGCAGCAACCGCAGUAUCAUCCGAUGUAUCACAUUAUCAAGCAGGAGAACGACAGAAGUUGAAAGCAUCGGCGCCCCCGCCAGCAUCGUUAUGGUGGCGGUCAGCAUCAACAGCAGCACCAGCAU